CCAUAUCUAUAUUAUUUCUGCUGCACGCACAGCGGAGAAAACAGCACCGGCCCCGCCCCCUCCCUUAGUCCGGGUGUCUUCUUCUUAAUCAGCGACGCGUGCAGGGGGAGGUCAAGUUCCCGAGCAGGAGAGCAUCUCCGCGCGGAGACAAAGAGCGGCCGCGCGUGCUUAGACGCAGAGGAGGCUGCGCAGGAGGUGAGUCAGUCGGGCGGACCGGGAGAAGAAGAAGAAGCUCGGAGCCGCCGGACCGGCGCUGUCCGCUCAGCACCACCGCAGUCACCUUGCUGCGAAAGUCACAAAGCUGCUCGGGGAUCAAUCCGAUCGGCCAACCUGAGUCCAAUGAGAUUGGAUUUGUUGUCUGCCGGAGGAGGGGAGGGAGGGGGGGGGGAGUUUGGGGCGGCGGGUGGGGGCGUCUUUCAUCAGUGUUUGUCCUUUUUUAUGUCGACAUCUUGGAUUUUAAACACUAAUCAUCCUCAAUGCAAUGCCAUUGAUUUGUUUUAGAUUUCGAUUUUUGAUACCCUCGGGGGGUGAGCGCGUGGCACCCAUAACCGUUUACAACCCUCCAGUUGCAUACAGACCCCCCCUGCGUUUAGAGUGAACGUACCCUGGCGCGCGUCGAGCGGAUUUCUCUCAUAGUUUGGUGAGGAAACGACAGGUUGUUCCGCGCCCUGCCUCCCUGCCUCCUUUGGGUACUUGUUCUCCUCUGCGCUACCGCUGCUCGGGGUCGCUUAGACUCAUCUUUCGCGAUGAAGGGAACUUAUUGGAGAAAUGCCUGAGGGACGAAAUGGGCCUGAGCGACGACAAGGAUCGCAUUGUGAUAAACGUGGGAGGGAUCAGACAUCAGACAUACCGCAGCACCCUGCGCACUCUACCCGGCACCCGCCUGUCCUGGCUGGCCGAGCCCGAUGCGCCCAACCACUUUGACUAUGACGCCAAGAUCGGGGAGUUCUUCUUCGACCGCCACCCCGGGGUGUUUGCACAUAUCCUCAACUACUACCGGACAGGUAAACUGCACUGCCCGGCUGAUGUGUGCGGGCCGCUGUACGAGGAGGAACUGGCCUUCUGGGGCAUCGACGAGACAGACGUGGAGCCCUGCUGCUGGAUGACCUAUCGCCAGCACCGGGAGGCAGAGGAGGCCCUUGAUAGUUUCGGCGGGGGGGGCUUGUUAGACCUGGUGAGCGACGAUGCGGAGCCGGAGCCGGAGCACGCUGCCGAUGAUGAUGUGGAUGAGAUGACGAGGAGGCUGGCGCAGGGGGACGCUCACGAUGCCAGGAGUGGGAGCUUGUGGAGCCGGUGGCAGAAGCAUGUCUGGGCUCUGUUUGAGGACCCUUACUCCUCUAAAUAUGCAAGGUGGGUGGCUCUGGCCUCGCUGUUCUUUAUCGUGGUGUCCAUCACCACUUUCUGUCUGGAGACCCACGAGGCCUUCAACCCCAUCAUCAACCGCACCGAGGUGAAGGUGGUGAACAACGUCACGGUGGUGCACACCUACCAGGAGACCGAGACUGCGCUCUACCUCACAUACAUCGAAGGCGUGUGCGUGGUGUGGUUCACGUUUGAGUUUCUAAUGCGAAUAACUUUCUGCCCGAAUAAAUGUGACUUCAUCCGCAACGCCCUGAACAUCAUCGACUUUGUGGCCAUCCUGCCCUUCUACCUGGAGGUCGGCCUCAGCGGGCUCUCCUCCCAGGCGGCCAAGGACGUGUUGGGUUUCCUGCGCGUCGUCCGCUUCGUGCGGAUCCUGCGCAUCUUCAAGCUGACCCGUCACUUCGUGGGGCUGAGGGUGCUGGGCCACACGCUGAGGGCCAGCACCAACGAGUUCCUGCUGCUCAUCAUCUUCCUGGCCCUGGGUGUCCUCAUCUUUGCUACUAUGAUCUACUACGCUGAAAGGAUCGGAGCCAACCCCAACGACCCUCGAGCCAGUGAGCACACGCAGUUCAAGAACAUCCCGAUUGGAUUCUGGUGGGCCGUGGUGACCAUGACGACCCUGGGCUACGGAGACAUGUACCCUCAGACGACCUCCGGUAUGCUGGUCGGAGCCCUGUGCGCGCUGGCAGGUGUACUGACCAUCGCCAUGCCUGUCCCUGUGAUUGUCAACAACUUUGGAAUGUAUUACUCUCUGGCUAUGGCGAAACAAAAACUACCAAAGAAAAAGAAUAGGCACAUCCCCCGUGCACCCCAACCAGGUUCUCCAAACUUCUGCAAGUCAAGCACCAGCUCCCAACACCCGAGCCCGAUACCCCACGAUGACAACAUUCUCUGUUUUUCAACCGAAGGUUAUGAAAAGCCUUGGAGCCUUAACAGCAUGUCUGGCAUGAGCGGGGAUGCCUCUGGAGUGUCCUCAGUGUCCGCCGUACCCUGCAGCCCACCUUGUCUAAUGCAGCACUCACAUUCUCCCAUCCCAUCCAUUAUGUAGCAUGGUUGAGUAGCAGACACAAUGCCAUUGGAAGGCCAGUCCCCAACUUUCCUUUUACGCUCCCCUUCACUUUUGCUUUUUUCUUCUUCUUUUUUUUUUCUUUCAUUAUUUUUCUGGAAAGAAUUGUAUCUUAACUGUGUCUAAUGCUCAAGCUUUCCCAAGUGUUCUCCUUGGGUGUGUCAUCAAAUGCUCAUCUAGAAAAACAUUGGCACAUGGUACUCUGCAUGGGUCGCCUCAGUCGCAGACAGAGCGCUGUUGUCCUUCUACCACAGGCCAACCCCCCUCUUUCCCCGUGUUUACAUCCUUGCCUGUUGCUCUGUUGCUUUUGAUCUCACAUGCUCUUCUGACAGUAACUUUUGAUCUCAUCUGCUUUUUACAAUUUUGUGAAAGAAUCUUUCAUAAGAUGUAACCCCUGCAAAUAAUAUGCCGGACACUAACAAUACACGGCACUGAAACAUAUCCAAACGGUACCAUUGCCAGCUGUUAAGGGAGGUCCUCCUAAGUGCUUUGUACGUUGCAAAUUAGAGACAUAAUUCUGAAAGUGCAGCCCAGACAAGGCUCAAUGCGAUCUGAGAGGCCAUUAGAAAAAAAAUGAACAUGAUGUUCAUUAUAUCCAAUGCAAUAUGGAGAUGAUGACGCCGUCUGUGAUACUAGUGAUGAAUACAUUUAAUGUCAACAGAACUAAAACUGUUUUGUUCAUUUGCAUGAACUGCAUGAGAAAUUAUGUUCAACAAGAAGCUAACUGUACCGCAGUAUCUGUAAGAAAGCUUCUAAAGCGUUGUCAUUUUUGUAUGCAUUUUAAGCCAGCUUUACAAGAGACUCAGUCUCAAAGCAAAAGAUUUUUAUGUAGCCGCCAUUCCUUGCCUUUCCACAAAUUCAUAGAUUUAUUUUCUUGUAUUUAUUUGACUGGGGCCUCCGAAUAAAAUAGCGGGAUUUGACUUGAACAAUCUGUGAUAAAGCCAACUAAUGCUGUUAUGAGCAUGACUUGUUUUAUACAAAUAUAUUACCAGUAGUUAUUAGUUUUUAAAACAGUAUCUGUAGUCGGCAGCAACUUCUGUAACUGCUGUGAUGCCUAAAUCAAGGCGAGAUACAAUAAUUAUGAAACAAUGGUGCCUUCAUACCUAGUGAGGCAAACUAAAAGAGGGGAAUAAAUUAAGAACGUAACAUAAGUGUAACCAGUGUAGCAUCAGUACACUUUACCAUGCUCAUAACAGUGUAACAGAAGCUUUGUUCUACAAGGUGCACUUUGUACCACCUUCGUAUCCUUAAUUACAGAAAAUUGAUCAUUAUUGUUAACUAAUAGAUUCAGAUAAUAGAUCCAAUAGUUCAGAUUGUUACGUCUAACACAUCCUAGGAUUUAACCCUGAUGGGCAUAAACUCCAAGAAGGAAAGAAUAUCAGCUGGACUUUAUUGUCCAAAUCUGACAUAAUGUUUUUCAUAACAAAGCUAACUUAUUGAGGGAAGCCAGGCAACUCAACAUAAUCAAAAUAUGUCACGAUGACAUCGCCAGUAUGUAUGUUUAUCGAGUUAAAGCAUCAAUACUGUUAUAGUUACACGUAUUGAUGCUUUCCCAAUAAUUAUGCACAGAUUUUCAGGGCACUUCAACAAAUUUAAUGUUGACCAAUCAGAAAUGUUCAUUUCUAGAAGAAGAUACAAGUAUAGCAACUCUAAGUAUUGUUUUUAAUCUGAAUGAGCAGAGUUUUACAUUUCAAGUAAUGUCUAUUGUGGUAAUUAAUGAACGUUAUAUAUAUUUAAGAAAAAAAAACUUGUGCCGACUUGAUGUGAUGAGAUGCAGGGGAAAAAUAUGCUAAUGCGAUUAAAAAAAGAAAAAUACAAAGUACGAUGCGAAGCGGCAAAGGAUGUGGGCCUACUUGGGGAAAGGUAAAUGCAUGUAUUUUACAUUUAUGCAACAGAAAAGUAUUCAAAUAAAAAUAUGUAAAUAUAAGUCCUUGCAUGAAAUAAAUUUUAUACACAAUGAG